AACAAAGUGCAUCUUGGCAGCAAAACCACUCAUACAUAGGCAACGGGCACUACUGUACACAUUUAUAGGACGCAGCAGGUGUUUUAGCGCGCCCCCAGUUCCGCAAUGUCUUCGUUUGCACUUGGACUUGGGGCUUCCGGCGCCUUGGCGCCUUGUCGCCAAUCGCCAUCGCGCUCUCAAGUGCCUAUCCAUUGUACAAACAGUCUUGCAGCAGCUCGUUCGUCCGCGCUGGCGUCGACGAGCUCGAGCGUUAGCAGCGGGGGGGUCGGCGCGGCUCGCACAGCAGCCUGUUCGCUGCGGCGAGGAAAGGCUGCAAUCCGAGGGGGCUGCAGCAUUGCGAAAGCCUCGGCAGGCGAGGGCGCGCUCUUUCCUUUUGCGGAGUCGGACUAUCACCGGGUGGUCCUGCUCGACCGGCAGCCGUACGGUCCCAUGAAGAUUUUGCCGGCGACGGACCAGAGCGCCGGAACCUACAGCGGCGUGCUCGUUUUCCAGCGCGACGCGGACCUGACACUCACACCGGACACCAACAUCCUGGAAAUUUUUGUGGCGGGCGAUACUGCAACCAACAUCUACACGCAGCUGCAAAACACGAAGAGCGCAAGGCCAAUGGUCCACGACCUCAUGUUCAACAUGCUCACACGCGCCGCCCAGACGAACGGCCGUCAGUGGCAGCUCCUGCGCGUGGCCAUUGUCGCGCUUGAGAACGACAUCUUCGUGGGGCGCCUAUUCUUUGGGGACCCGGCCACCGGUGUCGUGGCAUGGGACUGCGACUGCCGGCCUUCCGACGGCGUGUACCUGAGCAUGCGGUCUGGGUGCCCCUUCUACGUUGCUCAGAUCGUGUGGGACGUGGCGGCCGUGCCCAUCCGCGCCUCCAAGGUGCACAUGAUUGCCGUGCACGAGGCGCACAUGGCCGCAGUGCAGCAGCAACAGCAGCAGCACGGCCACGCGCACCAGCAACAACAGCAACCAGCGCCGCAGCAACAGCAGCAGAGCGGCGCGGCCAGCAGCUCCGGUGGUGGCAACGGCACGGUCUUUCCGCGCGCGUCCAGUGGCGCCUGGGGUGCGCAACAGGAGGGGGCAUCCAGCAUUGUGCCGCCGCCAUCCCCGCCCUCGGCCUCUGACGACUACACGCAGCUCAAGCCCGACGACAUGGAUGCCAUCAAGCUGCUGAAGCGCGAGCUGGCGGUGGCGGUGCGCGAGGAGGACUAUGCCGCCGCCAUCCGGCUGCGCGACCACCCCUUCAUGCAGAUGUACCGCCGCAUUGAGGCGCUGAACCACCUAGGCCGCGGUGAGGAGGCCACGCGCCUGCAGAACGAGCUGGUGGCCAUGGUGCAGCGCACGCACGCCGAGGCGACCUACUAGGCGCCCGUCGUUUGUGCCAUUAGCUGGAGGCUUCGGUAAUGCGCCCUGCGCCCAACGGUGCGCUUAUGUGCAUUUCAGCGCAACAGCUGGUGCAAUUGCCACGGUCGGGCGGGUUACCGUGUAGGGAGGGAGGGAGGGAGGGAGGGCCUGCGAUUGGGGUGCCCUGGUGGAUUGAGAGCGCGUCCCUAGUAACCAUGUGACCCAGUGAUUGAUUUCGAUUUAGUUUGCUGCUGUUUUGGAGAAACUGCUAUUUGGGUCGCCAAGACACUACAGACGUCUUUCGGCUGCGUUGACGGGCCCCCCGGCGGGGACAGUACAUCCGGACUUGACAUGGUUACAGCAUGACAUGGCCUCCGUCCUAGCGUACAGUGCCCUCCACGGUUGCGACAUGCCCCAGCGGGGCUCACAACCUGGCACCGCAUUUUUCGGCACACCGAGUACAUUGCGACUAGGAGUAGCGGCGAUACGGCUGCGCGGGAACUUAAUUGGAUUCAGUAGCGCCCAGCGGGCCCGUGUCCGGGCACUUGAUGCGGCGCACAUGCACGCCCUAGCUCGCUGCCGUGCCCUUACAACACGCCCUUGGGUAGGCGCAGCUUGCCGCUGUCGUUGCGGGCCUUCUUCAUGGGCUUGACCCGGAGGACGCCGUUCUUGAAGCUUGGCCCGGCCUCCAUCAGGCCACGGUCGCGGUUCUUGGCUGCAUGCAUAGAAUAGGUUGUGGUUAGCAAGUGACUUCGGCGGUGGUGGUAGUGUGUAAGUUAGGGCAGGUGUAGGUAGUGGUGGUUCGAUGUAGUGGUGGAACAGAUUAGAUGAACAGGUCAAGCGGCGAAAGGAUGCCGAGGAAAGGCGCGUGCUUGCCAUGCGGAACGACAGAGGAUGUAGGCAUGAACCAAAGGUACUAGAAAUGUAUGCAUCAGCACGCCCCUUUACGGUAACGAUGAUGGACUACAAAUGCGUAAUGGUACUGGUAGCGAUGUUUAGGGCCGGUGGUCGCAAUACUUUAAGCACAAGACUAC